AUGGGAAACGAAAGACUAAAGCUAGUCGAAUACAGAAAUUUAAUCCUCGAAUUACUAAAAGAAUUUGAGGAUGUCAUAUUCAGAUAUCUCCCUCGAGAGGACAAUCAAAUGGAAGAUGCUUUAGCUACCUUAGCAGCAAUGUUUAAAGCUAAUAAAAGAACAUACAUGAUACCCAUAACAAUACAAGUAUACGAGACCCCAACCUACUGCUAUCACCUAGAAGAAGAAAUAGAUUAUCAUCCAUGGUACCACGAUAUCCUACAAUAUAUGAGAUACCAGACUUAUCCUCCCGGUGCAUCUGAAAUUGACAAGAAAACCAUCAGAAGAAUGAAAACCAGGUACUUCCUUGAUGGGGAAAUCCUGUAUAGAAGGGCAGUGACCAAGUUUUACUGA